UUCAAGCCGGAGCAUCGCCAGCGAGCCCACGAGAAAACAAAACAAACUGCCGCGUAGCAGCCCCGCGAAAACUUUCCCAACAACCCCAAAAAACAAAACAUCAACGUUCUUCUUUUUUCCCCCCUUCCCCUUGUUGAAUUGCUCAACACAAGACGUUGAAGUUUAAUGGUGCCCGCUGAAGAACUGGCGCGACCAAAGCGGACUUUUCCACCCCAAACGUCCCUUCAAAGAAGAGUCUCCUCUCCAACCGAGUAGUUGUCCAAAACAAAAGCAGUGGGAGUGUGGAGAACUUCCAGGGACACUGUAGAACCUCCAGCUAUUUGCCUGCUGCCAGUAGCGCUGCAUCAUGGGAAAACAGAACAGUAAACUCCGGCCCGAGGUCCUCAACGAUUUGCGGGAGAACACCGAGUUCACCGACCACGAGCUGCAGGAGUGGUACCGGGGAUUCCUCAAGGACUGCCCCACCGGCCACCUGACCGUGGAGGAGUUCAAGAAGAUCUACGCUAACUUUUUCCCCUACGGAGACGCCUCCAAGUUUGCGGAACACGUCUUCCGGACAUUCGACACCAACGGCGACGCCACCAUCGACUUCAGGGAGUUCAUCAUCGCCCUGAGCGUGACGUCGCGUGGCGGGCUGGAGCAGAAACUGCGCUGGGCCUUCAGCAUGUACGACCUGGACGGGAAUGGUUACAUCAGCCGGGCCGAGAUGCUGGAGAUAGUCCAGGCCAUUUAUAAGAUGGUGUCUUCGGUAAUGAAGAUGCCCGAGGAUGAAUCCACACCGGAGAAACGCACGGAUAAGAUCUUCAGACAGAUGGAUGUCGACAACGACGGUCGUUUGUCCCUGGAGGAGUUCAUUAAAGGUGCCAAGAGCGACCCAUCCAUCGUCAGACUGCUGCAGUCCGACCAGGGAACCUCUCGUCAGUUCUGAGAAAACAACGCGCGCCCAAACACGUACAGCACUCCACAACGUCUUAUUGUUUACAUAAGGGUUCCCCAAACUUUCCACUCAAUAUUACAAAUUUGGCCUUUUUGCUAAAAUUCAUCACGUACUGCAAUGACAUAUGAGAAAUGACAAAAACAUGGAAAAUGUUUACUUAAAAGGAUUCUACUGUGACAAUCAGUUGCCCAAUAAUAAAAAAAAAAAAUUACCUGCCCCGUAGCUUGGGAAACCCUGCUUUUCAUAAUUGUGGCUUAUUAUUUUUUCUGUAUAUUCUUGCACAUUUUAUGUGUAAAAGCUUUCCAACUGUGUUGAAAUGGAUUUUACUUGCCCCCCCAAAGUCAAGUGCCAUAUCAUGUAUUUAUAAUCGACUGGAUUCCUGACUUGCAAGUAUUAAAAACUAGCUAUGUUACAUUAAGAGGGAAUUAAUUCCAUAACUGUGUUAACAUUUUAAUUCACUUCAGUGUUGUCGCUCAGGAAUGGUUGGUGGCUCUUGUACACACAAAAUAUGUACGUAUAUGCCUUUUAGUAGUGCAUGCACUCUGCUAUAACGCAUCAUAUCAUACAGUGACUUUAGAGACAGCGGCUGUUUUUAAACGGUUUUAUUAUUGUAACAAAUGUUUUCACACAAUUGAAAUAAAAGUUUGUGUAUGAAAAAUCUACACAUGAUGUGACCCCUUCAUCCUAAACCCGCCGAUUGGAUUGAAAACCAGGCUGGAGGGGGGAAAAAAAGAUGCCACCGCAUGAGGGUUUGACAGUGUUAUUCGAGUCAACAUUAAAAAAAAAAAAAAAAAAAAAAAAAAAAA